AUGGCCUUGGGGAUUGAGCAGCUAGCCAUUGAGUUCAAAUCAAAGCUCCUUAGAAGAUUUCCAAACAUGCGAGAAAUAGAUUUAAAAACAGACGGAGCCCUUCUGACUUUGAAGUUCAUUGGGCUUGUGGUUUCUAUUGAAAAAGAUAUGCCAAAUGCUCUUGAAGUCCUAUUUCGAAAAGCGAUAGAGAUAGUUGAGAUUGCACAUUCCUGUAUAAAAAAGAAAUUUGAGCGGGACGAGAAAAUAAAGCAUGAAGAGUUUAGAGCCUCGUGUGCUAGGCAGGAAAAAAACGCGGCCCAGGCCGCCUUAGUUUCCUCAAAGGUUGAUUUUUACAGCUGCUUCAGUGAGGACUGUAAAAGACUCAAAGGCGCACAGAAGCUCAUUGGCAUUCAAAGAAAAAUGGAUAGCAGUAUGUAUUUACUAAAUAUUUUAGAAAGCAAAAGAUCAGCAUGUAAUAGCGAAUUGGCCGAGGAUGAAAGCAGCUCUGUACUGCUAAACAACAAUAGCAUAAUAAAAAGUUACGAAAAUAAGAUAAACAGCGAAAUAAAUGAUAUGAAAGUAUCUACAUGCGACAGUUUCAACAUAAGCUUGGUGGAAAGCAAUUCUGAUAUCAAAGACUUGCCGAUCAGCAUUACUAGCAACAAGAGCGUAACUGAAAGAGACGAUAGUGCAGUUCGUAAUGAUAGUAUUUCUGGUGUAAAGAAUGUAUUGAAUAUUCCCUUGGCAUAUAGCAGACAAGCAGAGUCUACUAUAAGCACUACGGCUAUCCAAUCAUCCGUGCUAUCUAAUUUUAUUGAAAGAGCUUUUGAAAUGAUCUUCCUAGGCCUGAUCAGUAUUAGAAAUGUAGAUAGAGUUAUAAAAAGAGCCAAGCUGAGGGGAAUGCCUGGGAAAAAGAAUGUGAAAAAUGGUGCAUUUGCCAAUGCGGAAUUUUUAACAACAAAUACAGAGGAAGAUAGCUAUCAGAUUGGUAUGAAUACUUCUGAUACCUUGAAUCCUAAAUUCUCACUCUUGAAUUCUAGCUUAAUCAGUAAUGAUACAGUGGACAGCAAUAUCAUGUUAAGCAAUAGCCUUGUGAGUGAUAAUUUGGAUCCUUCAUUUAGGACAGCAAAAUUAAACAUCCAAAUUGACAGCGUCAAUGUAAAUGAUGAUGCACAGGCGUCGGCAAUCGUACAGAAAACUAAUAAUUUAAAAAUUCCAUGGGAAAGUGAUGGAAGAUGCACUAUAACGGAGCCAAAUGGUAUACAAAAGAUACCUGAAACCAGCAUAAAAUCAAAAACGUAUGAAGAAGUUUCCAGCAAUCCUAGUAAGUACCAUACAGUGCUAAAUACCAGCACACUACAUGAUGCCAACAAAUCUAAUAGCGAAGAGGACCAAGACACUGGCAACACAUAUUUAAAGCCACAAAAUAAAAUCACCUAUCCUGAUACAGCAGCCUUCAAGCAGAUAAUUUUAGAUUGUAAAGACACACGCUACAGCUAUACUGAAACUGUGAGGAAGUUCUGCAUGCAUUAUCAAAUCUGCUUCCCAGAGUUUGAGACUGUCCGAGAAAAUGAUGUCUUCAUAUGCACGGCAACCUUUCUUGACAUAAGCUUUGUUUCUGGAUAUGAAUAUGACAAGCAAGAUGCAAAGAACGGUGCCUGCAGGAAAAUAUUGGAGUAUAUUUCAAGGAACUGGGAGAUUGUUUUCAAUACGCAGAAAUGCGGAUUUAGAAAAACAUAG